GGAACAUAUACUAUACCGAGGAGAGGAAAGAAAAGCCGCAAAGAGAAUGAAUUUCACGCGAAUUUCUUCAAGUACGUCUCUGUUUUACAACCGUACAUGGAACGAACGUGUUGCAUGGGCGUGUGUGUAUUCUGUUGAAGGAAUUCUUAUCUUUGCUGGCAACACUUUGGCACUUGUUAUUUUUCUUCAGCCAAGCUUUGUGUCCAAAAAGUCCAUAUAUUUUGUGAUAUCUCUGACAGUUGCUGACUUGAUAACUGGAGUUACAGUGAUGUUAGCUGUUAAUUCAAUAAGCAAAGUCAAUGAAGAAAAAGGGCUUGCGACGAUCGAAAUCGUUCAGCUUUGGUUUGACAUCUUUUCAGGGUGUGCUUCGAUAUAUUCCCUGACCGCUAUAGCCAUAGAAAGGUUUUGUGCUAUCUUCUGGCCUUUCAAGCAACGUCUUGUUAAAACAAGGACAUACUUGAUCAGUAUUGGUGCAGUGUGGUUCUUGUCCCUAUCGAUCCCAAGCGUAACCAUACUUCACACGAUCUGCUGCCCUGGCGACGAAAGCCUUCAGAUUGCUAUAGGUUAUUUCAUGAUGUGCUUUGGAUUAUCUUGCAUAGGAACUGUCGUUCUAUCGUAUUUAUCCAUUUGGAUAAAAAUUAGCUAUUGUAAUAGGCAGAUUCAGCCUGACCUUGCCAACAGACGCAUCAAGAGACUCACAACCACCCUCUUACUCGUCACCCUCGUUUCUGUAGCAACUUUGGUUCCUAACUUUGUUAUUCUAAUCGUGCAGGUUAUCUGCCCGACAUGCUUGUCUUCUCUCUUCCCAAGGCAAUACUAUGCUAUCGCAAACUUUCUUUUUUACGCCAAUUCGUUUGCAAAUUUCAUCAUCUAUACGUGCAGGAUGAGAGAGUUCCGAUCAGAAAUAGCCAAGAUCUUUUGCAAGUGCGUCAAUGUUCUGCAUUUCUUUCGAAAAUGCCAAAGAAAUGUGAAUCCUGAGCUCAACCAUGACAGCAACGCCAGUACUGUUAGCCAAACACAACCGACUUUGAUUGGAAUGAAAGUGUUGCAUAUAUACUGAGCGAAAGUGUACGCCGGUGAACAUAGAAAGGAACGCCAACUAAAAUACUUUGUAGAUUAUCAGAUAUCAUUCAGGUUACAGUUGUAAAGACCUAACUCAGUCCGAUCUUGCGUUUCCAGUCCUCGAAAGUAAAAACACUAUAGAAUACUUUAGUUCACGUGUGUGUGUGKGGGGGACCUCUGGGGUAAAAGUAUCGGGUAUGAUCGUCGGAAAUUUUCAAAACUACCUCUAAACGAUACCAAACGUCUUUUUAAAAGGGCGUGGUUGCACGAUUUUUUACCCCUAAGAGAUACCUUAAAAGAUGCCAAGAUAUGCUGAAAUUCUUUAUUUCAAUUUCAACACCCUAAAAGAUAACCAAUUCGCUGAUUUUUAAACAAGGCCUACUUUGACGUUUCCGAAAAUUCAUAAUUUUUCUUUAUGUUCAAUAUGCCUAAAUGUGUUGUGGCACAUGCACCAGAACUUAAAAAAUAUCACUAUGCUAUAGCAUAACCCUUCUAAAAUGACAUUACCAAAUAUUAUUGGCGGCCCGCUAAACCUCGUUCACUGAGAGCCCCAAACGUGUCGGUAGUUUUCACUUUAGUGAGCGUUACGCAACGCUCAUUGUAUUAGGUCAGCAGCUCAUUUUCUCGGAAUUUCACUAUACAGAUAGCAAGUUAAAAAUAAUUACCUUGAUGUUUUUCUGUGAGCAAUUUCUGAGGGACAUUUCACUAUACAGAAAGCCAGUUACAAAUAAUUACCUUGAUGUUUUAUAUAUUUCCAACAAAUUUCCAAUAUAUUUUCAACAUCCUUCCAGAACUUCCAAAAUAUUUCCAUGGUAUUUCCAACAUCCCUCCAGGACUUCCAACAUAUUUCCAUGAUUUAGUUUUGGACACUUCCAACAUUCACUUCCAACAUAUUUCCGACCUAUUUCCAACAUUCACUUGCAACAUAUUUCCAGCAUAUUUCCAACGCAUAUUUUCAACAUCUCAAAUCGAUAGAUUUUUCCAGUGUAACUAUAAACUGUUAACUGUUCUAGGGGACAAAUUCUAAAAUUAGAAUUUCGAAAACGACAUCCUAAACUUUAAACUUGACAAACGUUGAGCUGCUCCUUAAUAAAUGUAUAUACUAAAUAGUUAAGAAAAAAAGCCAUGGCAUUUGUUAUGCAACAGAGUUUUGUAGGAAUGAUCUGUUCACAUGAUGAAUGCUUUYUGUAUAUGAUUAUGCAAGUCUAGCAUGUUUAGUUUAGUGACCGAGAUUGUUUUGACUUGGAGAUCUGCUUGUAGUUUCCUGUUCUACAUACCUCUUUAAAAUUAACCUAAACAUUCAAACCACCAAGGUUGAACUUGUCUAGAUACUUGAUGUAAAUAGAACUUCAGAUUAGAUUACCUGGUAUAUAAGGACGAGCAAUUCAACUAUAACUGUGUAUUCAAUCUUUUACUUUAAUAGUUGUGAAUAAGGCUAAGGUUGUAGUUCGGGUUGUACUGGGAGGUACAGACCUAAGUAAGGACAGUGGCCGAGUAAGGAAUCCCGACUGACAGCCACACCGACGAAGGAAAGUCCUUCUGGUCAACCUGACUCUGCUCUAGUUUGUGUAGUUAGAUCUGCCUCAACUUGUAUAAACGUCUAAGACGAGGUUCAAUAAAACGAGUUGGCUCGACAGACCAGA